AUGGGACCAAAGGUUAUGGUCACCACAGCAGACCCCUUCGAGGAGGCCACCGACUCAGGAGAUGGCCACACAGGCAGCACUGAGACAGGUGACCCCGAGGCCAUGGACCUCAGCUCAUACCAGCAACCCAUGGACCCCAAUCACGAGGAGGAGCAUGAUGAUGAUGAUGAUGAGGGAAACAUUGUCAAUGGAGGCAAAGCAGUACUGGAGCUCUCUGGAAUGGUUCAAGACCAUCCUGCUCAGAUACUAGCUGAUACUGGUGCUGGUUUGUCCAUAGUCUCAGAUUCUUUCAUUAGUAAGUACCAAAUACCCACAAAACCCAUAAAAACAAGAUCGAUCCAUGGUGUCACCGGGCACCAACUCUCCAUCAAUAGUUCUGUGAGCAUGCAGGUAUCUAUUGGUACACACAAUCUGGGUGUGGUUGAAGCUUCAGUGGCCGACACUGCUGACUAUGACCUCAUCCUGGGGUUCACUGAGCUAUGGAGGCUCAAACCCACCAUACAAUGGGAUACAGGCCAGCUGGAGUUCAAGACUCAGGAGCAGGACCAACCCCCAAGGAGACCCCCUGAAGCAGCAAGAGCAGGGGACCUAAUCAUGAGGAGACCAACCCUUCAUGGUAAUGAGUUUGUCUCAGCAGAGUGCAUACUACAAGCAGCUCUAGAAGAUGGACCCAUAGGGUUCAUGCUGUUGGAGGAGCCACCAUCAUCACUCCUGGCCUUUGGUUUUGUACCUACAGGUGCAGACAAAGGAGUUGAGAUGGAGGUGGAGGUAGACAAGGUGGUGAUGGCUGCAGACAUACCAAAGCCAUACCAACACCUAGGUCUCAACGAGAUCACUGUCAAGAACAGGGCACCAUUGCCCCUCAUUGAGGAGCAGCUGUUCUUACUCAGGAUGGCAAGGAUCUAUACCAAGCUAGACCUUAGAGCAGCAUACAACCUCAUCCGGAUUGCUAAAGGAGAUGAAUGGAAGACAGCUUUUGGCACUCAGUUGGGACUCUAUGAGUACCUAGUGAUGCCCUUUGGCCUAGCCAAUGCUCCAGCUCACUUCCAGUCAUUCAUCAAUGACAUCUUCCAAGACAUCAUUGGGAUAUAUGUGGUAGUAUACCUAGAUGACUUCCUGAUCUUCAGUGACACUGAAGAAGCACAUGUGAAGCAUGUCACUGAGGUCCUCACUUGCUUAAGGAGCAACAGGCUCUUUGCUAAGCUGUCGAAGUGUGAGUUCCACACCAAGACAGUCGAGUUCCUGGGGUACAUCAUCAAGCCGACAGGCAUAGAGAUGGACCCAGAAAAGGUGCACACUGUCAAGGAGUGGCCAAUGCCAGAGUCAAUCCAUGACAUCCAGAGGUUCCUGGGUUUUGCCAACUUCUAUCGAAGGUUCAUAGCCCACUUUGCUCGCAUAGCCAAGCCCUUGACAUCACUGGUAAAGCCUAUAGAACGGUUCAAGAAGUUCGAGCUACCAGAGGAGGCCCAACAGGCCUUCCACAAGCUCAUCCAGGCAUUCACAUCAGCAGGAGUGCUUCAGCACUUCGACUACCACCUUCCAACAAGGUUGGAGACUGAUGCAAGUGACUUUGCUAUAGCAGGAGUACUCAAGCAGGAGCAUGAAGGACGAUGGCAUCCAGUGGCUUUCUACUCUAGGAAGAUGUCUUCUGCCGAGAAGAACUAUGAAAUCCAUGACAAGGAGCUCCUAGCUGUGGUCGUCUGCCUUACUCAGUGGCAACACAUGCUAGCUGGACUACCAAGCCAACUGGUCAUCCUCACUGACCAUGAAGCCCUCAAGUACUUCAAGUCACAGAGAUGCAUCACAGACUUCGACUUCAUAUUGCAGUAUCGACCAGGAGACAAAGGUGGUGAACCCGAUGCUCUCACCAGAAGGACAGACAUGCAACCAGCUGGUGAAGAGCAGGAUCACAAUGUGAGGCAACUACUGCCUCCUCGAGUGUUCAAGGAGACAGCAGACCAUGACUCGACCCUGGUGGCCCCUAUGCUCUCGAUGGAGUCCAUAGCAUCAAAAGGUCUCAAAGACCUGGUCAAGAUCUUCCAGCCCUUAGACCAAGAGCUACAGGAGAUACAUAGGAAAAAGCCCUUCGAACUCAAGGACGACCUAUGGUACAGUGGAGGAAGGUUGGUUAUCCCCAAAGUAACCAUGCCAGGGAGGACCAACAACCAACACUCAAGGAGUGCCAAAGAGGUAGAUGGACAGUCCCUCUCUGUAGAGCAUCUGCGAUUCAUGGUGAUGACCCAAUGCCAUGAUGGUAUCACUGCUGGACAUGUGGGAAGAGAUGCUACCAUCAAGGCAGCUCAACGACAUUACUGGUGGCCAAACAUGACAGCUUGGAUUGCAGACUAUGUAGCAAGUUGUCCUGUAUGUGCUAGGUACAAAGCUCCUCGUCAUCAUCCAUAUGGUUUGCUACAGCCACUAGCAACCCCAGACAGGCCCUGGGGCUCCAUAUCCCUUGACUUCAUUGAAGGACUACCACCAUCGAAGAAGUAUGACUCCAAGACCUAUGACUCUAUCUUAGUCAUUGUCGACAGGUUAACCAAGUUUGCCAUACUAGCUCCAACCCAUAAGACAGUCAUGGCCAAACAGACUGCAGUGUUGCUAUAUGGACACAUGGUUAGACUCUUCGGAAACCCAGAUCACAUGGUCUCAGACCGAGGCAGGCAGUUCAUAUCAGGAGCAUGGAAGGCAUUUGCAGAGCAAAUGGGUGUGAAGCACUCACUUAGCACGGCUUACCAUCCUCAAACCGAUGGUCAGACAGAGAGGGUCAAUCAGAUCAUAGAGCAAUACCUCAGGAUGUACUGCAACUAUGAGCAGAAUGACUGGGCCAACCUGCUGGACACUGCAGCCUUUGUAUACAACAACACGGUCCACAACAGCAUUGGUGUCUCACCAUUCUUUGCAUGCUAUGGAUGGAACCCCAAAGCUCAUCCUGACAUCCCUCAACGACUAGGAGUCAAUGAUCCAGGUCGCUUCGAGUACCUCAUGGAUGGAAAGGAGCAUUGCAAGUACCUCCAGGAGCAGAUCAGAGAGGCACAACGUAGAUCAGUAGACCAGUAUAACAGGAAGCACAAGGACAUCGAGUUUAAGGACCCUACCCAGUUCAGGAACGGGGUGCAUGAUGUGUUCCAUGUCUCCAUGCUCGAGCCAGCAAGAACAAGUUCUCUUCCUCAACAUGCUGAACAGCCCACCAUACCAUCACUUCCAGAUGAGGACCUCGACUUCGAAGUCGAAGCACUCAUCGACAAGCGUUCACACAAUGGGACUACAGAGUACAAGGUGUUGUGGAGAGGGUACUCAGAAGAAGCUGCUUCAUGGGAACCAGUAGAGAACCUCCACUGUCCCGACCUCAUCCAGGAGUAUCAGGUGUCGGAGGGGGGACGAUGUCAUGGGCCUGGAUGCUCAAGAAGCAGGAGGGUCAUGGGUUCAUAUGGAAGGAGCACAGGUAUCGAAGAUCUAGUCGAGAUCAGUAGAGAGCAUGGUCGUAGUGCAGUCUCCAUGGAGACCAUGGACUCCUACAGACUCACAUGCAAAGGAGGGCCAAGCACAGCCACGAGGAGGACCAAGCUCAAGGAGCAGGCACAGCCACAAAGAGGACCAAGCUCAAGGAGCAUGCAGAUGGUUACCACUCAGGGGCUCGAGAGACAAGAGCCAAAGGAACUGUCACUGAUCAAAGGAGAAGGAGCAGUGUCGAAGGAGUCGACACCAGGUCAUGAGGAGGAGGAGCAGUGUCGAAGGAGUCGACACAGUUCAAGAGGCACAGAGGUGCCAAGCAGGAGAGGCCCCUGA